UCUGAACCGGACGCCGACAGAAUUUUAGUCCGUGUCUGCCUCUUGUCUGUUCGUUGAGAGGAGUUAGGUUUUUGGUAACGGGUAGUACACAAUUAUAAUACUUUUAGAAAUAUAAAUUGUGCAUUAAAAUCAUUUAAAAGAUGGCCACACGAUGUUAUCUUCCACUUGGAUCUUCUCGUCAAAUUUUAAAUUUUAUCAAAAAUCGUAGUUUAGUGAAAAACAGUUCAAGAAAACUUACCAAUGUCCUACGAGAACCAGCCCAACCUCUCGGCAGCAAGCAGGCCAAAUGGAUGUCAGCCGAAGAAGCUAUUAGAGUUGUUAAAUCUGGUGACACAGUCUUUGUUCAAGGAGCAGCAGCAACACCUCGUGUUCUUGUGCCAGCUUUGGCAGAGCAUGGGAAGAAAUCAGGCUUGAAAAAUGUGACAGUAUGUCACAUUCAUACUGAAGGUGCUGCAGAAUACAACCAUCCAGAUUGUGCAGGUAUCUUUCGUAGCAAUUCCUUUUUUGUUGGAGCUAAUUCCAGAGAGGCUAUAAAUUCAGGUAGAGGUGAUUUCGUACCUAUUUUCCUCAGUGAGAUUCCUCUCCUCUUCCAUAGAAAGAUUGUUCCUGUAGAUGUUGCGCUUGUGCAAAUCACUCCAGCUGAUGCCCAUGGAUACUGCAGUUUGGGAACCAGUGUUGACUGUACUCGAGCUGCGCUUAUGCAUGCAAAAUAUGUAAUUGGCCAAGUAAAUCCUCGUUUGCCAAGAACUUUUGGUGAUGCUACUGUUCAUGUGUCCCAUUUUGAUGCAUUAGUAGAAGGAGAGAAAGAAUUGCCAGAACACAAGCCUGAUGUAUUGACAGAGGUUGAACUGAGCAUUGGAAAACAAAUUGCUGAGAAUCUGGUACUGGAUGGUGCCACAUUACAGAUGGGUAUUGGCUCCAUCCCUGAUGCUGUUUUGGCUGCUUUGAAGAACCACAAAGAUCUGGGAAUCCACUCUGAGAUGUUUAGCGAUGGUGUUAUUGAUCUUGUUAACCGAGGAGCUAUUAAUAAUAAAUUCAAGGCAAACUACAGAGGAAAGAUCACUGGUAGCUUUGCCAUUGGAACACGCAAAUUGUUUGAUUUCAUGGAUAAUAACCCCUUUGUUGUUAUGUUAAAUGUUGAUUAUGUAAACCAUAGUGAUAACAUUGUCACUCAUCCGAAAAUGACUGCUAUCAACUCCUGCAUUGAAGUUGAUUUGACAGGACAAGUUUGUUCAGAUUCCAUUGGAACCAGGAUUUACUCAGGUGUUGGUGGCCAAAUUGAUUUCUUGCGUGCUGCAGCCAUGGCUUAUGAUGGUCUUGGCAAGCCUAUUUUGGCCAUGCCAUCUUGUACUAGCAAAGGAGAAUCCAAGAUUGUUCCUUUUAUCAAACAAGGUGGUGGAGUUGUCACUUCCCGUAACCAUAUCCAUUAUCUAGUUACUGAGCAUGGUAUUGCAUCACUCUUUGGAAAGAAUAUCCGCCAGAGGGCAUAUCAUCUCAUCCAGAUAGCCCACCCAAAACAUCGUGAAGCUCUAGAAAAGGCUGCUUUUGAAAGGCUUAAAUGCAUGCCCUCACCUUGAACGUGUCACAGCACUUAUGAAAGAGACAGUGUCUGUAGUUCAACCACAGUAUUGACAAGCAUACACAUGUAAUCAUAUACUAUCUACAAAGUAAAAUAGUUUAAUGUUGCAUUAACACUGAUUUUGUGACUUCUGUUUCAUGUUUUAAAACAAAUGGAGUAACUUGUCAUGUCUAUUUUAGCAUGAAUUUUAAUGAAACAAAUUCUUGCAUGUCAUAUCAUUUUGCUAUGCUACAAAAUAUUCAGCUUUAAGUGCAUAGUGAAACAUAUGAAAAUACAUUGCCAACAAUUUGGAUUGAUGCGAUUGAUUAAAUUGAUUUCAAUUACAUAUAUAUGAUGAAAAAAAAAAAUAUUUUGAAGCAUUGUUGUAUUAUAGUUUCUACUUACACUAAUUAUAAUAGAUAUUUAAAUGCACUGUUCUAGUCUAAGUUGAAAUAAAUAUUUUGUAUUGAAAUUUCUUUUAAAUUCAAAAUUAUCUGUUGUGAUAUGAAAAUAGUUUUAUAAAAUAGAUGCAUCAGUUAUUAUGGAACGGUAUU